UUUGCCGUUUUCCAACACUCAAACCGAGCGUGUUUACGCCGGUGCCGCCAAUAGUCUACUGUUUUCCCUGGAUUUGUAUAAUAUUUUAUGGUAAUUAAAAUAUGCCUACUUCCAAACUGCAUGCCAACAUGAGUUACCGCGAGGUCAUUCCGAAGAACCUCAGUCCGGCGGAGUGGAUUGAGGUAAAGAUAAAUACGGGAACCCAGAGCACUCUGCAGGAUCUGAAGACAUUUGAAACCUCCGGGGGCUACUGCUUCAAAAGCAGGACAAACGUACAAACCAGGAACCGAUUCAUAUAUUGGCGCGCCUACCAGGAUAUGCUGGAACUCGCGGAGGUCAGCUUGGACAUCUCAUUGCAGCGGAAUCACCUGCGUCUGCGCUUUACCGACUCCGCCGUCCUGAAUGUUUCACUCACGGAGCAGGCCAAUUCCAUCACCCUGCUGGUGGUCACUGUUAGCAGUGUGCAUCGCUAUUUGUUCCCCCUGAAUAUAGCUGGCCAGGAUGGAUCCAGCACUACUUUCCCCGAGGAUCUGCUGUCCCAGUCCAUUUUCUACGACGUCAGCGAGAAGAUCAACGAUCCGAGCACCUUCUAUGUGACGGAUGGCUUCGGAACGAUGCCAAACGUGGCCGUCUCGUAUCUUUCGCAGAACUCUCAGUCAGCCUACUUUGCUGUGGCCUACCAAAGCAAACUGCUGCUUCAUGUCAUGAACUGCGUCACCGGCCACACGGUCACCCACGAAGUCAAGGAGCCGCAUCUGAUGCCUCGCUUUCUGUCUAAUCUCAAAGGUGCCCUUACUGGCCGCUCGGAAACGCUGGAGGCAGCCACGGCCAUGGCGUUCAGCGAAAUCGAAGGGGACCUCUUCAUUCUGGUGCUAUACCGCAGUAACGAGCUGCGAUUGUGGUCAGUGGAUAGCCUACAAACGGUAGCCAGCAUUAACUGCUCCGCGGGAUCGGGCCAUGGAGGAUCAGGAGCUCAAGGAUCUCAAAAUAACCAGCUCCGCAAGAUAAGCGAUCAGAACUUCUGCCUGUUUAUAUCCCACGACAAUCUAGCGGAGUUCAUUUGCGUCAGCAUUAAGCCAGAUGCCGACGAAGCUAGCGGGCUCAAUUUGGUGCAGAACUCAGUAGCGGCGCCACAAAUGAAUCUGGUCGACUUCGAUGCCACAUCCACGCACAUCUGGGCCCUCUGGAGCAACGCUGAAGGAGAUUUCCAUGUCUCUGCCAUUUAUUUGGGUUCGAAUAACUCUAUCAAAUGGGUUUCUGCUGCCCUCGAACCUCCACCGGAUCGCUACUGCCUCACCAUGGAGCAGGGAGUGGAUCCACGAGAGUCUUACUGCUCCUACAUCUUUCAUCCGGGUCGAUUUGACCGUAAUGUGAUUGCCAAGGCUCUGUAUAUGUUCAGGCGCGUUAACUUGCAAUUCGAUGUGAAGCAGCUUUCCAUGUCAGUGCUGAAGGAGCAGGUGUGCCAGGCCGUCGAGGACGAAAUCCAGAACGAACUGAAAGACUUUGUGGUUACCGACGAGGAGUAUUUGGAGAUUUCUACGCGGCUGUGGGAUCGUUUCUACUCGUGCUGCGAACAGUACCACAUUAAGUUUUCGGAGCCCACAGGACUUGCGGUUCUAGGUGGCAUGGAUGCCGUUUGCUUGGUGAGGCGGCAAUCCUUCGCCCUGCUGCGUCCCUGCGAGGUGCUGGAGCAUCUGCUGCUGAUCGGGGAGCACAACGACGAGGUGGCUACCUACGUAGCUCCACUGUUCCGCAACGAUCCCGAAAUGGCCAAGGGCUUUGUUGACCUCAUGAAUGUGGUGACCCUCUUAGACAAGGUGAUAUCGGAGGACAUAAAAAUGGACUUGGAUAAGCAGCUCUAUCAGCGGGAGUCGCCCAUGGAUGUGAUAGCCAAGCUGGUGGCUAGAAUCACUAUGGGCGAUGAUAAUGGUCCGAUGCUGCCAUCGAGCUGUUUGAAGCAAAUUCACCAGGAGGUCCAGCAAAUACCAAACCUUAAACCCGCCAUGGAAAUGCUGCUCGAUGUGCUGUGCAUGAUUGAUCCAGAUGCGCCGCCGCAUGGUAAAACUCUUAUUGAUUUUAAGUUGGCAAAUAGUAUGAUAUCUAUUGCAUUUAAUUUCGUAGAUUAUUCCCUUUCUACACGUUUUUUGCAACCAUCUGGAGCUCUAUUGGGCAGCGAAUAUGGACUUUCCAUCUUGUCCGAAACGGUUAAGCAAAUGGCCACAAUACGGUUUUCCGUUUGCCGCAACCUUUUGAUAUUGCAGUACUUGGUUUAUGGUCAGAAAGGAAUGGACAGUGAAAACGUUUUAACAAACAUAAAUUAUCUGAACUCGUAUUAUACUCUGGUCUGGAUUGCCGAGACGCCCAUUUCAUCCAGUACCCCACCUGGAUUUGAGGCCUCUAUGCAGCGGUUGAGCCGGGCGCAACUAUUUAGCGGCUAUACACGGCCAUAUUCGAGCCAUUUGCGGAAUAAUGGCAAUGACCAGACCACUCUGCUCAGUUUGUUCCUGCAGUCCAAGGGUUUGUUUAGCGCUCUGUCCAUGCUUCUGAAGACCGACAGUAUGCAGCUGGAGUCGGAGCAAUUGAACCUCCGUCAGAGUUUGCUAGAACUUGUGGGCUACAUCAAUAAGAUGCUGUGGCCAGAGUCUCCCAUAUAUGUGUUCCCAGAGUGGUUGUUUGGCACCUGCCAUCACAUCAUUGUGCAGGACUAUGUUCGCAUUUUGUCCAGCUGGUGUUCCGUAAAAUCUCAUGCCAGAUGCUUUAUGUUAGCAGCUUCCUUGUUGGAUUGCGGUGAGGCUCACAAGGCCGUGCAUCUGUUCCAUGAAACGGCAACCGGCGUAGUGAAGGAUGACUUCCUCUUCGAGCAUGUACUGAAAAACACUCCGCUUUACUGCAAACUGCAGGAGAGCGUCACCCGGGGCGAACCGAUUUCUGCCGAAGACAGAAAACUGGCCAUUGUUCACUAUUAUCUGAAGGUUAUUCAGCUCUUUGAGCAGCAUUCCGCGCUCGACUACGUCAUUCAACUGGCCGAAAUGGCCAUAAGUGUGCUGCAGCAGGAUGAUCCUCAACUGCCCAUGUUCCAAUCGAUUGUGUUCAAUAAUCAUCUGCAGCUGGGACACUAUGAGGAGGCUUACUGCGCUUUAGUCUACAAUGCGGACACCUCGAGGCGAAAAGAUUGCCUUCGUCAGUUGGUCAUUACGCUGUUCCAGAGCAAAUGCCUGUCCCUGCUCAUGCAGUUCCCCUACAUAGGAUUGCAGGACGAGUUUGAGAGCAUUGUGGAAUCCCGGGCACGGUCAAUGAGCAUCGAUCAGAACGAAGUGUACAACUUUUUGUAUGCAUUCCACACGAACAAGGGUAACAUGAGAAAAGCUGCUACGGUUAUGUACGAGCAGGCCAUGCGCUUUCAAGUAGAGAGCGAUGCCCCCAACGCGCUGGAGAAACGAUGCUCCUCCCUCUUGAUUUGUCUCAAUUCGUUGCACUUAGUAGACAGUCGCUAUAGGUGGAUUGCCAAGCCAAAAAUUGGCGACGAGAGAGUGUCGUCGUCCAUGGAUCAGAAUAACGACGUUGGUGAACCCAAGGACGAUGACGAUAAAAACCGUCAGGAGGUGAUUGUCCUAGAGCUGGCCGAUAUUCGCAGGGAAUUGGUGCACGCCGAAGCUGUGCAUGAGCUCUCGCACUUCUGCAAGGAUGUUGCUGCCUAUGAGCGGUCAUCGCCAGAAGAGUUGUCUUACCUACUGGCAAGCUGUGGUCUGUACACGGCCGCCCUGAAACUUUCCCGGGGACACUCGUUCUCCGUGCUGCACAUAUUCGAGAGUCUGACAGCGGCUUGCAACGCAGCCACCGAGGACAAGGACGUGGAUGCCUGGAAUUGGCUGCAAAACAACGACAUGGCGGACCUCCCUCAUCGAAGUAAUGCCGCUGACAUGGCCUGGACGUUGCUCCAAAAACUGGUGGUGGACAACGAGGCAAAGGACUCCACUUUGAUACGAAAGAGCGUAGUUCAAAGGCUGCUCGUAUUGAAUGCCUUCGUGCCGCAGUGGCUGAUAAACUCCUAUAAGUUAUCCCAUUCCCGGGAGCUUCUCCAGUUGUUCGUCAAGCAUAACCGCCUUCUGGAAGCCGCUGAUCUUGGCUGUGAAAUGAUCGCCGGCAUGUUGGGAGCAGGCAGCGAGUACUUCGAUUUCAAGCACUCGGUCAAUGUAACAAAUCCCCAGCUUUGCUUUCCCAUCAACACAAUCGACCUGCUGCUGUACGCACUGAAGAUUAAUGGCAAGGAGGAUAUUGAAUAUGAAAUGGCGUAUGUUAAACUGGAGGAGGAGGUCAACAGGUACAUUGAGACCAUAAAGCGCACCACCGAGGACAAGAUUAGUAUGGCCAUCCUGCAGAAUCGAGAGGAACGACAGCAGCAAUUAAUCCAUUAGAUUGUUUUAUUCGGUUUAUAUAUAUAAGUUUCUUGAAUUAAAAGCUAAGAGUGUGCGUAAAUAUGAAGUUGGUUAAAAAUCAUCCGUCAUGACCAGCUCAGAAAGGAA